CAUGAAGGAGGAAUGGAGGAGGCGCUACUCGCAUAAGGCCCUGCAAAGAAAAGUGACGCUAUGCUGUUAUUGCCGUUGGCAGUAAAUUAGUUCUCAAUUUCUCACUAGGUGCGGAAGGGUAGUCUUACAUGUUGAAAUUUAGAUGUCGGUUGCCAUCGUUACGCAAGUUUAGUCUGCUGUCAGCCAAAAACAGAAAGCAUUUCAAACGUGAAAAUGUCUUGUUGUGUUUUAGGUUUUAGAACAGGAUAUAAGCCGACCAAAAAAUAUCCGAAUCCUUUAAAACAUUGUGUUUUUACCUUCCCUAAAGACGUGGAAUUGAGGGCAAAAUGGAUUGCUGCUGUUGGGCGAUCACAUUGGAAUCCAACUUGCAGAAGUGUAGUUUGUGCACGACAUUUUCUUUCCAGUGACUGUCGCGAAGAUAACAGAAUUAUUGCAGAUGAAUCAGUGAAUUUAUUUGACAGUUUUCGUAAACGUCUUUUGCCAACAGCCAUCCCAUCUGUAAACCUUACACCACAAGAAGAGAGUCAACCAAGGUUACCAACCAUUAGGAAAAGAAAAAUGUUAGAGGAUUCUGUUAUCUGUUCAGCUUCAUCAAUGCCUGUGAAAAGAAAAACAUAUGAAAGAAACAAAUGCCAUCUCAUAAUGCCAGACAGCCAAACAUCGCAACCAGUAGCAACUUUAACUCGAUCUCUCUCUUUGGCAGAGGGGAUUGAUUACUGUGUUAAUGAAAUCGGCCACAGAAACGUAAACUAUGACGAACAACAAGUUGUAAAUUCACCUACCAUGCAUGAGGCUUAUAAUUCUGAGACAGGAACAAGUUGUGAAAUGGAGACCAACGACACACAAGAAGAAUCAAUCUGCGUCGAAACCGAAAACCUGCCUACAAACUGCCCCAAGGUCGAUGACCCAGAAAUUUUCCCACCGACAGAGGUGUGGACCGAACUCAAGCUAGGAGUAUGUAACAUACCUGCUCAUAGAUUACAUUUAGUGGAAGCAAUAGUUGUUGACGGAUGUCCUACGGUUAUCAAGUCAGCCACCAUCGAUUUUCUUCAAGCUACGGUUACAAAAUACAUGCUAGGCAAAUUAUGCGACCAAGCUAAUACUGGAAUAUCCAAUCCCCAAACAUUUUCAACUAUCGCCGAAGCAAACAAAAUGUUGCGAGAUUUUGCAACACAAGAUAGGUGUGUUGGAAUCAGCGAUCCUGCAUUCAAAGAUAUAGUCCGCGUUGCAACUGCAUCACAUCUACAUGAGCCUGAGGACGAUACAAAAAUUUGGAGAGCUAAAAAUUGUCACUUGCUUGCGGCGACAGAUAGCGCCAUAUGUGUUGAAUGCAAAUCGCUUCUGCCUGCAUUGGUCAUGAGCCGCUACCGUGCCACCAAAACAGGAAAAAGUGCUGCGAAUAAGGUGAUUCACGCAUACAAAACUAAAGAAGAACUACAGUAUGCACUUAAUCAGGCAACAAGAAAAAUUAAAGUGCUGGAAAGGUGGAAGAAACGCGCGCUUGCACGAUUAAAGACCCUGAAGGCAGAGGUAUGCAACAUUCGCUUAAAACUGGCCGAAGCUGCUAAAACAACCACAUUACAACACCUCAUGAAGAAUAUGAAGACACCCAUGGACCCCAAGGUAAAAACUUAUCACGCUCCGUCAUGCACUUCACCUGUAUAACUAUACCUUAAAGCGUCCACACAUCACUUAAAUCUACACCACCCGUUAUUCAUCAACUACACAUAUACCAUGCUCCCUUUAUUACAUACCAAAAAUGAAUUUGUGACGGCAGGGUUCAUAUUUUCCCUGUUAAUCGUCUUUUAUGAAUCCCUGUAGCCUCCAUGUAUCACAUUUUGAACAACUGUCUCCCUGUAGAUUGCACACUUCAUCUAAAAACACAUUUAUUUACACACUUUAGUGAUUUAAUAACUAAACCCAUUCAUGCAUGUUAUAUAUUGUGUAAGCACUUCGUCCCACUCGACCUACUACACUAUUGUAUAUUGUUAUUUGCACACAAUUAUUGUUAGUAUUUGGUUAUGAUAAACGAUUCAUAUCUUCUCGGUGUAUU